AUCUAAGUUUAUUUGUUUGCAGAAGUCAUGAGUCUUUCUCUGAUUAGAAUUCUUUCUCUGCUCUUGGACAUAUUAUGAUAUAAGUAACAAAUGACGCUGAGUGGAUUUUGUUUUGUUUUGGUUCUUAGUGAGUUGUUAGUAAGAUAUGAGAGUUUUUCAUUGAAAGUUGUGUUGAAAUUGGACUUACAUGAUGAGAAAGGAAAGCAGAGGGCCAUGAAAGCAGUUUCCGGCCUUCCAGGGAUUGAAUCGAUUGCGAUCGAGUUGAAGGACAGUAAGUUAACAGUGAUUGGAGACGUUGACCCCAUUAACGUGGUAAACAAAUUGAGAAAAAAGCAAUGGUUCGUUGAGAUUUUGACAGUGGGGCCAAAAGAGGAGAAGAAGCCUGAAGACAAGAAGAAGGAAGAAGAAAAGAAAAAGGAAGAGGAGAAGAAAAAGGAAGAGGAGAAGAAGAAGGCAGAGGAGAAGAAAAAGGAAGACGAAAAGAAAAAAGAUCCAGUAGCUGAGUGGGUGAAAGCCUACAAAGCUCAAAAUCCUCAUCUCACCAAACAUUACCAUGUGAUGAGUGCUGAAGAGAACCCAAACGCUUGUGUUAUAUGUUGACAUGAACCAUCAAGAGACGAUUGAAGAGGUCUUAUUAAUUUGACUAUUUGCAUUCGUGAUGCAGUGGAAACAUGACGAAGUCCAUUGAAGAACAGGUUUCUUCUUUGUAUGGUUGAUGGCUAUUGGAUUGUCUUGAGAGAUUCAAAGUAAAUAACUUUGGCCUAAAGAUAUAUGUGUAUAGAGAGAAUAAAUGAAUUUUGGAAUUCAAAGGACAUUUUGCC